AUGACGAAUUAUCCAUUACUUAAUGGAUUUUCGAAUUCACUAAAUGAAUCUAGCCCUCCAAACGAUGAUGCCCCAUACGAUAGUGAAUCUGAAAUUUCUAACGCUGCUGUGCCUAUGAUGGAAAGGCAGCCUUCAUCAUCGUCAUCACUAAAUCAGCAUUCUGACUUUGGUGGCUCAGAGAGCGAUGCAUCUCAGUCCUCUGCCAACGGCCAGGAUGCAUCCGAUGAUGCUGAUUAUGAUAUGGAAGAUAGCUCAGCUCCAACUCCUGGCUUAACUGAACACGAUAACCAGUCUAUCUCAGAGCCUCGUCAAUUAAAGCGAAAAUUAGAUCUUGAUAACAAGCACAUGAGCGCUAAUCCAGAGUUAUACGGUCUUCGGAGGAGUGGUCGUCCAAUCCAGCACAAACCCAUCAUAGAGUCUGAUGAUGAAAAUGAAGUCGAGUCCGAUUUUGACGAUGUAAUUUCAAAUCAUCGUACAAAACGGAGAAAACAAGAUCGAUCCCAACCAUUAUCAAAACGCGAAUCAAUUAAUCUCCUACAAUUAUUAUCCGGAUCGGAUUCUGACAGCGAUACUUAUGGAGGCUCCAGAGCCCGCAAUUUGAUCAAGAAACAACGCAGACGUCAAAGACAUUCUGCCGGUCCUCCAGCUCCAAGUCAUGAAAAGCGAUGGAAUACCCGGAAAGCAGCUCAAGUAACCGCAGGGGCAUAUCAAGAGAGUGACGCUGACUUAGACGACGAAUCAGAUCUUAUGACACCAAACUACAGCUGGGGUGACAUGGAAGAUACGACACCUUACAUUGACGUCGUUCUCAAACACCGUCUUAAAGAGGAAAAAAGUUUUAGCUCUAAAGACAUCAGCCGCGACGAUUUUGAAUACUUUAUCAAAUGGCAGGGGAAGUCUCAUUAUCAUGCUACUUGGGAAACUACCACUUCACUUACUGGGAUGCGUGGAUUUCGUCGGUUGGAGAAUUAUUUUCGAAAAGUAGUCCUUGAGGAUAUCUUCAUGUCAGGUGGCACAGAGAUACCUCCUGAGGAAAAGGAAAAAUGGAUGUUAGAUCGUGAGCGAGAUUCAGACGCUUUACUAGAUUACACCAAAGUUGAUCGUGUUAUUGGAUCACGAGAUGUAGAAGAAGGAACGGAAUACUUUGUGAAAUGGAAAGGCUUAUACUAUGAAUCUUGUACUUGGGAAACCGAGUCGCUAAUCAGUGAGCUAUCGCAGGACGCAAUUGAUCGAUUCUUAGACAGAUGCGCCAAAUCUAUCUCGUCUAAUAAAGAAGAAUCAAAUCCAAAUACACGCGGCUCUCACGUCCCAAUUCGAGAGCAACCUUCUUACAUCAUGAACGGUCAAUUGAGAGACUUUCAAAUCACCGGCUUAAACUUCCUGGCUUAUAACUGGACCAAGAACAAGAAUGUUAUAUUAGCGGAUGAAAUGGGUCUUGGUAAAACAGUGCAAACAGUCUCAUUCAUGAAUUGGCUCCGGCACGAUAGACGGCAGGAAGGUCCAUUCCUUGUCAUUGUUCCUUUAACUACUAUUCCAGCCUGGGCGGAUACAUUUAAUCACUGGGCGCCUGACAUAAAUUAUGUGAUAUACAAUGGCAAAGAAGCGUCUAGAAGCAUCAUCCGUGAAUAUGAGUUAUUAUCAGACGGUAAUGUCAAGAAACCGAAAUUCAACGUCUUACUCACAUCAUAUGAAUAUAUUCUUGCAGAUGCGGCCUUUUUAUCCCAAAUCAAAUGGCAGUUUAUGGGUGUAGAUGAAGCUCAUCGCUUAAAAAAUCGAGAUUCACAGCUGUAUCAAAAACUGCUUGAUUUCAAAGCUCCAAGUCGUUUACUUAUCACUGGAACUCCAGUUCAGAAUACUCUGGGUGAACUAUCUGCUUUAAUGGACUUUCUAAUGCCAGGAGAACUCGACAUUGAAGAGGAUAUGGAUUUGACAGAGGAAGCUGCGGGUGAAAAGAUUGCUGCAUUGACAAAUAAGAUACAACCAUAUAUUCUACGUCGCACGAAACAAAAAGUUGAAAACGAUCUGCCUCCAAAAAGCGAAAAAAUUAUUCGCGUUGAGCUAUCUGACGUCCAAUUAGAUUAUUACAAAAAUAUUCUCACUCGAAACUAUGCUGCUCUUAAUGAAGGUGCCAAUGGGCAAAAACAAUCAUUAUUAAACAUAAUGAUGGAACUUAAAAAAGCUAGCAAUCACCCCUAUAUGUUUCCAAAUGCCGAGGAAAAAAUACUAAAAGGAAGUGAGAGACGCGAAGAUCAAUUAAAGGGUCUUAUUGCAAGUAGUGGUAAAAUGAUGCUCCUUGACCGAUUAUUAACAAAGCUAAAACGCGAUGAUCACCGUGUCUUGAUCUUCAGCCAAAUGGUCAAAAUGUUAGAUAUUCUAGGUGACUAUCUUCAGCUAAGAGGUUAUCAAUUUCAAAGACUAGAUGGAACCAUAGCUGCAGGCCCUCGUCGGAUGGCCAUCGACCAUUUCAAUGCUGAAGGAAGUAACGACUUUUGCUUCCUACUCUCCACACGUGCAGGAGGCCUUGGCAUCAAUCUCAUGACUGCGGAUACUGUUAUAAUAUUUGACUCUGAUUGGAACCCCCAAGCCGACUUACAAGCGAUGGCCCGUGCACAUCGAAUCGGUCAGAAAAAGCCCGUCAGUAUUUAUAGAUUAGUUUCUAAAGAAACUGUCGAGGAAGAGGUACUCGAACGAGCUCGAAAUAAACUUAUGUUGGAGUUUAUCACAAUUCAAAGGGGUGUAACGGACAAAGAAAAAAAAGAACUCCGUGAAAAAGCCGUCAAGGCUGGUAAGAUUGAUGAUCCAAGGUCUUCAGAGGAUAUAUCAAGGAUCCUAAAACGAAGAGGGCAAAAGAUGUUCGAGCAAUCGGGUAAUCAGAAGAAACUGGAGGAAUUAGACAUUGAUUCAGUUCUUGAAAAUGCCGAGGAACAUAAGACAGAGGUCCCUGAAGGAAUGGUAGCCGACGGUGGCGAGGACUUUCUACGGAGCUUUGAGUACACAGAUGUUAAGAUUGAUCUCGAAUGGGAUGAUAUAAUUCCCAAGGAUCAAUUAGCUGGUAUCAAGGCAGAUGAGGAGAAACGUGCGCAUGAAAAUUACCUUGCAAGAAUUGUGGAAGAAAAUGCCCCACGCAAAGCAGCCUCGAAGAACAUUGCGGAGAUAGAAAGAGAACAACGCCUCAUGAAAAAAAGAGAAAGAGACCAAGCUAAGCAAGAUGAACUUGAUGAGAAACGCGAAGCUCAAGCAAAUAGAGCUGACCCAAAGCGAGAAUUGAAUGAAAAAGAAGCUAGAAAUCUCUUUCGUGCCUUUCUCCGCUAUGGAUCUAUCGAAGAGCGCCAAGAGGAGUUAAUUAAAGACGCACGUCUUGUUGGUCGUGAUAUUGAUAUGUUACGGAGCACAAUUCAAGCUAUUACUGAUGAAAGCUCAAGAAGGCUGACAGAAGACGCAGCCCGGAUUGAAGCUAUGGAACGUGAAUCUAAUAAACCUCUCACUAAAAAAGAUAAAAAAGCUGUUUUAUUCGAUUUCCUUGGCGUAAAACGAUUGAAUGCUGAGACUGUAAUAGAGCGACCUGGUGAGAUGAGAAUGCUCCGGGAUAUUAUAACAAAUAUAUCUGAUUUUAGAAAUUUUCGCAUUCCCGAUGCCUCCAAAGCCGCUAAUUACUCUUGCGAAUGGGGUGCCAGAGAAGAUGGAAUGUUACUAGUAGGGAUUCACAGGCAUGGUUAUGGGGCUUGGGUUCAAAUUCGUGACGACCUAGACUUAGGACUUAGUGAAAAACUAUUUCUAGAAGAACACCGUGUAGACAAGAAAGAAGAGCGCAAUAAGGGAGAAGAAAGGGUUGCUAAAGCACCUGGAGCCGUACACCUAGUACGAAGAGCUGACUACCUUUUAUCAGUGCUCAAAGCAAAACAUUCAGAUAAUCAAGCUGCCAAGCGUGCGGUUGAAAACCAUCAUCGUAAUAACAAGAAAUAUGAUCGAUCUAAUGGACAUCGUAGAUCAGAGACUAGAGGAUCUGUGUCUGCCUCUCCGGUACCUCUUUCGAGGAAACAUCGAUAUUCUGAUUCAUAUUAUGGAAGGCCUAGAGAUUUCGGCUACCGCAAUGGUAGUCAAGACGUUGGACAUAGAAAUGGUGAUUCAAAGAAAAAGCAUGCUGAUCAUGAAAAUUCAAGGUCCCGGCACUCAGAGAAUAGUUCAUCAAGGCCUGACGAUCCCAUGAUGCGUCUACUCCUUAAACCAAUCAAAGAUAGCUUGAAAAGGCUUCAGGCAGCAACUACUGUUAAUAUAAAGUCCCAAAAAGAACGAGCAAACGUCAUGAAGGUAGAGCUAGUGACAAUAGGUAACUUUAUUGAAAACUUGGCACAAGAGGAAGAAGGAGCAGCAUUGCGACAGAGCUUUUGGGAAUACGUUGUUGGGUUAUGGCCUGUUGCCCCUAAACCCUCUUGGUCUCAGCUAGAUAGCAUGUAUCACAAAAUCCUACGAGGUAACCAGAAGAAUAAUAGUGCUCCAUCAGGCUCACCAACGACUAAUGGGUAA